AUGGCAUCCACCAACAACCCCACCACCACAUUCGGCGCCUCAAUCAUCCCAACCCAAUCCCACACCCAAUACGCCGCCGACGACGCAUUACUACCCCCCCAAACCCUCGACUCCCCCGUCCUCACCCCUGCCGCUUCAAACGAAGACAUAGCAAGCGAAUACAACGCCAGCGGCAAACCCAUCCCAAUCCACUCUCCCUUCUACACCCACCUGCCCGCCUCUUUCGAACGCGUCCAAACCACCCACAGCCGCCAAACAAGCAAAGCCAACAUCUCCACUAGUGAAAAAGACCUCGAAGCCGGCCUCACACCCGUGACCACGCACGCCGCCUCGCGGAAUGAUGAGAACAACCCCUUCACGUCCAGAGUCAGUCUGGAGCAUAACAAAGAAUGCAAAAUGUGGCCCUCGAAACAAACCCUCAUGCUGCAGAAAACUGAGGCGCGUCGGGCGAAACACGCGAGGAAGUUCUGUGGUGGUUGUGCGGCGCCGGUGAGGCAGUGGUGGGGACAGUUCGAUAAGAGGCAGCGAUUGAUUAUGAAGAUCUUGAUGGCUUUCUUCGUUGUUGCCGCGAUUGUGGGGAUCUGUGUGGGCAUUUCGGUGGCGGUGCAUGGGACGUAUUAUAGUAAUUCGGGACAGCAGUCUGUUCAGCAGCAGCACGAUGGGAAGGGUGGGAGCGGGAGUUCGUGA